CUCACAUCUUCUGACUACUCAACCAUGGCCUCUUUGGGCCAAUAUUGUACAAGAAAUUGCCUCAUCAGCUCAAAGAACACCUUCAACACAUCUUCAAUCUCCCAAUCAUGCAAUGCAAGGCAAUUCAGCAACAUAGCAGCCACCCAUCACAGCACUAGGCCCACGUUUUGCCAAUUAUCAUUGCCUGGAGGAAAGAAGCAGCUGAUGUGUGUCAGCUUCCCGAAAAGCAAAGAAGAUCAAUGGAGAGUACGGUGUGGUGAUGAUGGCUCUUGCGGGAUUGCACCUUUUUCCCCCCACAUUCCUUCUGCAGUGGACUUGAUCAAACAAUUUUACAGUGCCAUCAAUUCCAAGGACCCUCAAAUUUUGGACGAGAAAUUCGACCAACUUCUAUCAGAUGGUUGUGAAUAUCAGGAUCUUUUCUUUUACAUUCCCUUCCAAGGAAAACAGGGUAUCAAAAAGUUUAUGUGUGACGUCAUGGAAGCGAUGGGACAACAUAUUCAGAUUGUCAUCGAUGACAUGAAGGAAGGCGAGAACUACAGUGCAAUUGUAUUUUGGCAUCUAGGAUGGAACGACAUCCUAAUACCCUUCACCACUGGUUGCAUGUUCUUCGAAUGUGAAGAACUUAAGGGAAAGCUCCUAAUCAGGAAAAUAACUGGCGUGGAAGAAUUUCCUUUAAAACCCGGUGAAUUAUUACUGAAACUGUUAAAGGCUGUCAGCGACAUGUGUGACCGCUACCCAACGAUAGCAGAAGGGUUGCUAAAGCUAAAGCCCCAUGGCUCACAAGAAGGAGGACUAGAAUCGCUUCUAGAAAUGUUUGGCCUGAAAAAAGACUGAUAAUGAGUUUUCUAUUAACUGUUAUUGAAGUAAUUAAGAAGGUGGUUCAAUU